CAGGGUGCGUCGGAUCUCGACCAUUAUACACAUUUCUUUAAAAGAUGUCAAGUCUUAGCCAAUGGAUUAUCGUGAUACUCUUCCAUCAGGUUGUGUUCGAAUGGAGUGGUGUUUCAACAAGUGGCGGUGCUGAUGGCGAACACGUUCACAUAAAGGUCCACAUUCCGGAGGUGCGUCGGAAGCAUACGCAUUUCCGUAAAAUUCAAAAACACGUUUUCCACCCCAAGAAGAUCAUCAAAGCCCCCGAAUAUCUAGACGCUGAGUUGGAUACGAUGCACAAACCACUGAAUAUGAUGCCCUAUGGGAUGACUGCCCAACCCAUGCAGUUUCCAUCGUUGCCCUUAGGAAUCGGAAACCUCCCGGACAUACCCACAUAUGGGGUGGAUAAUACCCUGGAAGCGACGAUAAUGAAGAAGCCCAAAAUCAACAGCAUGUCGCAUAUGAUCAGCGAGGAUAUGUUCUCAAAGUUUCAUGGCAUGAAGAAGGCCAGCGAGUUCCUCGGCGCUCGACCUGUAGCCGAAAUGCAAAGGUUCUCAUCUCCAUCGGGUGCGGCGGCAGCGGCGGCGAUUGAGGAUGAAAACAAUGAAGAAGGAUUUUCCGAUGAAUAUGAUGCUCAUUCAACUGAGUCAAUGAUUAUGGACCAACGGGUAGCUGGAACUAUGUAUCCGAAUUCCAUGACAAUGGAAUCGCCAUUUAAACCAAAAUGGCAAGCAGCUACAUAUUCCACUGGCUAUGAAACGGCUGCAAAACCUUACAUGAAAUGGCCAAGUUGGUUGAGCUCGACAACUUCGGAAGAUGACUUAACGACUUAUGAAAAGUUUCCCAGUUCGACAACUAUGUACAUUUCAAAGGCUAGACCGAUCUCGAGUUCGAGGCCAAAAUUUGAACAGCAAAUGUUUGAACAGAGCCCUUAUAAUGAAGCUUGGGUUAUGCCGAAGAAGAAGAAAUCCAAAUUGUCGGAGAAAAGGAAACGAACACACUCGCCGGGUUUUAGAAUAAAUUAUUAAAUAUUAUAGUGUUUAGUAUUUAA